GUUGUGAUUGUGGUUAUACUCUCUACCUGUGUCAUAUUUUAACAUAUUAGUACGGGAGUAUUAUAUACUCCUCAAUGAUUAUAAUCCUAGUACACUCCUACUCUCUACUCUCUUGAUCUCUAGUGACAGAUUUCUGAUAGAUCCUUUCGAGUUUCGACUUUCCCAUAUACAAUCAGCAGUGACUAGGAAGAGAUGUCUAAAACCGGAACCUUUGAUUUCGCAUCUGGUCUUGGUGGAAAGAUCGACAAGUCCGAGGUUUUGUCUGCGGUUGACAAGUAUGAGAAGUACCAUGGUUACUAUGGAGGUGAAGAGGAGGAGAGAAAGAAUAACUACACUGACAUGGUCAAUAAAUACUAUGAUCUUGUGACUAGUUUCUACGAAUAUGGUUGGGGAGAAUCAUUCCAUUUCGCACCGAGAUGGAAUGGAGAAACCCUUCAAGAGAGUAUUAAGCGUCAUGAACACUUCCUUGCUUUACAAUUAAACUUGAAACCCGGACAUAAGGUCUUGGACGUAGGAUGUGGAGUUGGCGGCCCAUUAAGAGAGAUCUCUCGAUUCAGCCUAACAAAGAUCACAGGCCUCAACAACAAUGAAUAUCAGAUAUCCAGAGGAAAGGAGUUGAACCGUAAAGCCGGCUUAGAUAAGACUUGUGACUUUGUGAAGGCAGACUUCAUGAAAAUGCCUUUUCCCGACAACAACUUUGAUGCUGUAUAUGCAAUCGAAGCAACUUGCCAUGCUCCCGAUGCAGUUGAAUGCUACAAGGAGAUACAUAGGGUACUAAAGCCUGGGCAAUGUUUUGCUGCUUAUGAAUGGUGCAUGACUGAUUCCUAUGAUCCAAACAACUCGGAACACAAAAGGAUCAAGUUAGAAAUUGAGCUUGGUAAUGGGCUCCCAGAUGUAAGGUUAACUACGCAAUGUCUUGAAGCGGUCAAGCAUGCAGGCUUUGAAGUUAUUUGGGAGAAGGAUCUCACGGAGGACUCACCUAUCCCUUGGUAUUUGCCAUUGGAUACAAGUCACUUCUCACUCAGUAGCUUCCGUCUAACAGCAGUUGGGCGUCUUUUAACUAGAAAUCUUGUCAAGGCACUGGAAUAUGUGGGGGUAGCUCCUAAAGGAAGCCAAAGGGUUCAAGAUUUCUUAGAGAAAGCUGCAGAAGGACUUGUUGCUGGCGGGAAGAAAGGUAUCUUCACGCCAAUGUAUUUCUUCGUGGCACGAAAGCCGAUAUCAAGCAGCGAGUAAUGGAAAAGCAAGAUGUAUUUGACUUGGCUUCCUAGCUCUUGCUAGUUGGCUAACUGGGAUUUAUGGGUUUCAUCAUAAAAUUGCUUGUCAACUCCUGCUUUUACCUUUGAGUGAUCUUAUUAGCUCUUUCUGUCGAGUAUAAUUGUUCCAGACCUGGUAACAUUAUAUUAGAUCUUAUUAGCUCUUUCUGUCUGUCAAUCCCUUGGUUCACUGUGAUGGUGGCAAACAUCAUCUGGUAAAGGUAGGUGCUCCGCUUGAGAUGUGAUUGUUCAUACUACAAUCCAUAAAACUCAUUUAAUCUUUCCUUUCGUUUGGAUGGUUAAGUUCUGUGUUUGUGAUUGAUGAAGCAACCCUUAUUAAAGUCAUGUUGGGAUCUCUUCA